UUUAAAAAAAUUAUUUAACUGCUGAUCGUCUCAAACCCGGUCAGAAGUUGUAAAUUAACUUGUUUCGGUCAUAUUACUAUUAAAGAUAUAACCAAUUAUAGACACUUUAAAACAAGUGUUAAAAACGUUUUAAAAACCGUGAAAAACUAUUUGAUUUGAUAUUAAAUGGGACAGUUUGUGAACUUCUGAUAAACUUUUAAAUAUACAAUAUCAUGCCGAGAUCUUUCCUUGUGAAAAAGAGAGAAUUAGAUGUAGGAAAUCCGUCACUACCAGAAAUGAAUUUUCAAUCUUCUAUUAAAGUGGAAAGAGACACAAAAAGACAUGUUGUUGAUUUUAAGGACUUGCCCUCGCAGUUAGAAAAAGAUGCUGAUAGGAACAGAAUUCUGAUGGAAACGAAAGUGGAGCUGGACGUCAACUGUAAUCAACUAUGCAAGGAAGAUUGUAUGAACGUACUACAGACUCCAAUUAAUUUAAGCAGACGGGGAAAUGUGAAGACAGAUGGAUCAAUCGACGAUAUGUGUCAACGAUCCUCAGAAGUUGUAGCUCCUGUUUACAAAGAAUCAGAUAGAGGCUUCCUCAGAAGUCCGAAUGGAAGUCCGUCAAAUACCUCGAAAAUCAGUGAAGUGUAUCCAUGGCAAAAUGCAGUAUUCCCUGGAUAUCAUCCACAGUAUUCACCCUUUCUACCCCUAGGUUUGAGAUUCCAUGGGUUUCCACCUGGACUUCCGUUUCAUAACAUGCAGGAAAACUUACCAUUUAAGUCUUUUCCGGAUCCCGUCUCAUCUUUUAAUCCAAUGAUGAACGGGUUUAUACCGCGGACACCAUUCAUGCAUAAUGGACCAUUCCCUAUACAGUCUGUCAGAGAAAAGUUAUUAAAAACAGAAAAUAAAGACAUAGACUCAAGUAUUGCGGGGAAAUUAAUGGAUUCAGCAUUCGAUCCGGUCAUCGCAAAAUAUACAUCUCCAUUAGAAAGCAAAACUAUUGAGUUGGACCUGUCCUUUAAGAGAAAGAACAGGGAAGGAGAGCCAACACGGUACCAGUGUGAUGGGUGCAAUAAAAGUUACUCAACUUUCAGUGGCUUAUCAAAACAUAAACAGUUCCAUUGUACUAGUCAAGUUAAAAAGGAAUUUUCUUGUAAAUAUUGCGACAAGACUUACGUAUCGCUAGGAGCCCUAAAAAUGCACAUAAGAACACAUACACUACCAUGUAAAUGUAAGCUUUGUGGAAAAGCUUUCUCCCGACCUUGGUUGCUUCAAGGUCACAUUCGGACUCACACGGGAGAGAAACCAUUCCGAUGUGACCAUUGUGGUCGAGCGUUCGCCGACAGGUCAAAUCUGCGCGCACAUUUACAAACACAUUCAGACAUUAAGAAAUACAGCUGUAAGUCAUGUAGUAAGACGUUUUCUCGAAUGUCUCUAUUGUUGAAACACGAAGAUGGGUGUUGUUCAUUGAUGCAACAUUGAAAAGUAUUCAUGUGCCAAAAAAAAUAGUCCCGGUUUUCAGAAAUUUUGAAACAUGACGUAGUGCUGUUCUUUUGUUUAAUAUAUAGAACACAAGUUAUUUAUUUAUUUGAUGAAAAUUAAAAAAAUAAAACAUA